AUGGCAACCUUAAGAGUGUUUGUUGUGUUGGUUCUCUUUAUUCUGAAUAUUCAUCACUCUCAUUCUGAAAAGAGCACAUGUCCAUCAGAAAAUGAGCAACCCAUGUUCAUAUUUGGAGACUCUCUGUAUGAUUCUGGAAACAAUAACUACAUUCCCACCUCCCCAAUUUUCCAAGGCAACUUCCCUCCAUAUGGAGAAACUUUCUUCAACUAUCCCACUGGAAGACUGUCUGAUGGACGUUUGAUCACAGAUUUUAUUGCUGACUAUGCAGAGCUUUCACAUAUUUCUCGGUUAUUCUUGGACCCUAGACGGCUUAAUUCAUAUACUAAUGGAGUCAACUUUGCAUCUGCUGGAGCUGGAGCUUUGCCUGAAACUAAUCCAGGAUUGGUGAUUGACAUGAGAACUCAAGGAUUGUACUUUACGAGAGUUAGCAGGCAAUUGAGGCAACAACUUGGAGAACUCAAAGCUAGAAGAUUGUUGUCCACAGCUGUUUAUCUUUUUUCCAUUGGAUCCAAUGACUAUGCAUCCCCUUUCUAUACAAACCCCAUGAAUGUCACUGUUCCAUACCCUCCAAGAAAUUUUGUAGAUUUCGUCAUUGGCAACAUUACAACAGUGAUCAAAGGAAUUUACAAUGAAGGUGGAAGAAAAUUUGCGUUUCUAAAUGUUGCUCCUCUGAGUUGUGCUCCGUUACUAAGGACAUUCGUGAAUGGAACAACUGUAGAAGCAUGUCUUCAAGCACAACCUUCUGCUCUUGCAAGACUACACAAUAUUGUUCUUUCCAGAUCUUUUCAAAACCUAGAAAAACAACUGAGCGGAUUCAAAUACUCAAUUUUUAACUUCUAUGAUGCAAUUCUGGAAUUGGUCAAGUACCCUUCAAAAUAUGGUUUCAGAGAGGGGAGUGUGGCUUGUUGUGGAGGUGGACCCUACAGAGGAGAUUAUAGUUGUGGAGGGAAAAGGGGUAUCGAAGAAUUUGAAUUAUGCAGUGAUCCUGGUGAGAAUGUGUUCUUUGAUUCUCUUCAUCCAUCUGAGAAAGCUGCUGAACAUUUCGCUCAGCUAAUGUGGAAUGGUAACAGAGAUGUGAUUGAGUCUUACAAUCUGAAGCAGUUGUUCAACUUUUAA